AUGUCAGAAGCUGAGACCGAAACCACCCAGUUGCCGGCCUUGACUCCUCAGUUCUGUUUCGAUGAAAGACUCCUCCUAGGUUCGCUGUAUUUCCUUCGUCUGUCUCGCUCAACUAUCGACGAUUCAAUUACACAGAACCUAAAUGCUCUAUUGACCCCAUCCAAGGCGGGCUUCAACUCGUCAUCUACUGCCGUAAGACAGACCGACCUAAGGGCCCGGAAAGUGAUCGAUCCCGAAAGCUGCCAGACUUUCAAAGACAAUGUUCUGUUCCCAUCAUGGCAAAGUCGCUCUGAUGUUCUCACCUACUGUGCUGGAGUAGCGACCAGUCCUGAUCCCGAAGACCCGGACCUGAUCCUGCGAGAGACAGAGUCCGCUCGAGAUCGAGAGCGUGUUGUCGAUGAGCGAUUAGAUCCAUAUUCGGCUAGGUUCUUUCCUCAGGAAGCGAGGACAGAAUCUCUUGCAAAUCUGGUCAGCAACCAACGUACUGUGGAACGGAUUGUACGAGCUCGAACUUGGGACUUGGUUUCUGAGAGAUGCGUUGUACAAAAAAGGUUUCUUAACACCUCCCCACAAGCCCACGAUCGUAAGCUAAAUGUUUUCAUCUCGACAGGUAUCAAGACAGCAGACCAGGUUCUUCGUAAAAAUCCCAACCAUGGCGACACACAGGCGAUGAAGGCUCUCAUAAUGAGUCACUUGGGACAGUUGGAGGAAGCUUUCGUCCUGGCUAAGGAGGCUCUGCGGAACGACAUGAAGUCGCACAUCUGCUGGCACGUUUAUGGACUGCUUUACCGGCAGGAAAAGAACUACGAGGAGGCUAUCAAGGCCUACCGAUUCGCCCUGCGACUUGAACCCGAAUCCCAGCCCAUUCAACGUGACCUCGCUCUGCUCCAGAUGCAGAUGCGUGAUUUCCAAGGCUACAUUCAAAGUCGUAACACCAUGCUCCAAGCACGCCCGAGUCUCCGACAAAAUUGGACAGCACUUGCGAUUGCCCACCAUCUCUCUGGGGACUUGCAAGAGGCCGAGAAAGUUUUGACAACAUUUGAGGAAACAUUGAAGGAGAAACCUCCACUUACAGACAUGGAACACUCCGAGGCCCUGUUGUAUAAGAACUCGAUUAUUGCGGAGACCGGGAACAUUGAGCGCGCUUUAGAACAUCUGGAGAAGGUUGGCUAUCGGUGUACCGAUGUGCUUGUCGUCAUGGAGACAAAGGCCGAUUACCUUCUGCGACUUGGCCGCAAGCCCGAAGCUGAAAAGGCUUACACUGCUCUCUUACAGCGCAACCCUGAGAACUCAAUCUAUUACAACGGCUUGAUCCAGGCCAAGGGUAUCUCGCAAGACGAUUCAAAGGCCUUGAAGUCUCUGUAUGACGAGUGGGUAGAGAAGUAUCCGCGCGGUGACGCAGCUCGUCGCAUUCCUCUUGAGUUCCUCGAGGGUGAUGAUUUCAAGCAAGCUGCUGAUUCAUACCUUCAGCGUUUGCUCAAGAAAGGUGUCCCUUCGCUUUUCGUCAAUCUGAAGGCUCUGUACAGCAACCCGACUAAGCGUGACAUGGUCCAAGCCUUGGUGGAAGGGUAUGUCUCUGGUAAGUCUUCACAGUCAAGUGAUUCUGCCGAAGCAAAGUCGGAGAAUGAGUUCCUAUCCUCGUCGUACUACUUCUUGGCUCAACAUUAUAAUUACCACCUCAGCCGCAACCUCCCCAAGGCUUUGGAAUAUGUUGACAAGGCUGUGGAGUUGUCACCGAAGGCUGUGGAGUACCAGAUGACUAGGGCCCGAAUUUGGAAGCACUACGGCAACCCGGUGAAGGCAGCAGAGGAGAUGGAGAAGGCUCGCUUGCUGGAUGAGAAGGAUCGAUACAUCAAUACCAAGGCCUCGAAGUACCAGCUCCGUAACAACGACAAUGAAAAGGGAUUGGAUAACAUGAGCAAGUUCACCCGCAACGAGACUGUGGGCGGAGCUAUGGGUGAUCUUCAUGAAAUGCAAUGUGUUUGGUAUCUCACCGAGGAUGGUGAGGCUUAUCUGCGCCAGAAGAAGCUGGGUCUGGCCCUCAAGCGCUUCCACGGUGUCUACAACAUCUUCGAGACCUGGCAAGAAGACCAGUUUGAUUUCCACAGCUUCUCUUUGCGAAAAGGAAUGAUCCGAGCCUAUGUCGACAUGAUACGCUGGGAAGACCGUCUUCGCGAGCACCCCUUCUACACAAGAGUCGCCAUUUCUGCCGUCAAGGCUUACCUACUUCUGAAUGACGAGCCAGAUCUUGUUCAUGGACCAAUUUCUAGCGCAGUCGCUGAUAUCACAGACGAAGCGGAGCGAAAGAAGGCCCUCAAGAAGGCCAAGAAGGAGCAGCAACGUCUAGAAAAGCUUGAAGCUGACAAGCGCGAGGCACGAAAGGCAGCGGCUGCCAACGCCAAAAAUGUUGAUGGUGAAGUUAAGAAGGAGGACCCGGACCCGCUUGGCAACACCCUGGUGCAGACUCAGGACCCGCUUAAGGAGGCUUUGAAGUUUUUGACGCCAUUGCUCAAGCUCAGCCCGAAGAACAUUGAGGUGCAAUGCCUUGCUUUUGAGGUCCACCUCCGAAGGGACAAGCAUCUCCUUGCCCUGAAGUCUCUCUCGGCCGCCUUUGCUAUCGACUCCUAUAACCCAACACUCCAUCUGCAAUUGCUGCGAUUCCGCAAGGCCCUUGGUGCUCUUGCUGAGCCCCUUGCUCCCCCGAUUGCCGAGGUUGUGAAUGCCGAAUUUGAGAAGAUGCUUCCUAGGUCUGAGAAGCCUGAGCAGUGGAACGAGUCUUACCUUUCUGCCAACAAGGGCAGUGUUUCACAUGUCCAAGCCGCCCUCGAGGGACGUUUCUUCCUAAACCCAGAAUCCAAAGCGCAAAAUGAGAAGGAUCUUCUAGCUACCCUCGACACUCCCAACAUUACUAUCGAUGAAGCUGUCCUUGCCAUCAGCCUGUUGAGCAAGUGGGGCAGUGACAAAGCACCUUACCUCCAGAAGGCAUCCAAGAAGUGGCCUGAGUCAUCGGUCUUUCAGCUGAACUGA